AUUAAUAACACCCUUGAGAGUAAUACACUUUUGACAAUCAAGGCUGGCACACAAAAAGCAUUUGGUAAUGUAGUGACGUCACCAGGAUUAUGUUACUGGUAUAUAUUCGGGCUCUGGGUAUGUCGAGUACAGUCGAAGUGAACACCACAAAGGAACUAGCCGAAAAUGAAAUUGUUCGUAGUAGCCGCUCUCAUUGCUGUGGCAGCCGCCGGCCGCCUCGAGCAUCUGGAGAGGUCCUACCUUCCACCAGACAACACUGGCUCCUUCGGCUCUGCCUCGAACAGCUUCGGAAGAAGCUCGAGCGGCUUCGGCUCGCAUGGCUCAGGGACCUUCGGACAGAACUCUAUUGGUUCCAGCCAGGGAUCAUUCGGUUCCAACCAAGGAUUCGGUUCCAACCAGGGAUUCGGUUCCAGCCAGGGAUCUUUCGGUUCCAGCCAGGGAUCUUUCGAUACCGCUACUUCCAACCGCUACCUGCCCCCUGAUCAUGGACCCUCGGGUUCCUCUUCCUCUAAUGGAUUCAAUGGUCUCGCCAGAUCUUCUGCAGGAGCUUCAUCCAACUUCGGUCAGUCCAACGGCUUCGGUGGUCACUCAAACGGAUUCAGCGGUCAGUCCAACGGAUUCAGCGGCCAUUCCAACGGAUAUAGUGGUCAGACCAACGGAUUCAGUGGCAAAUCCAACGGAUUCAGCGGUCAGUCCAAUGGAUUCAGCGGUCAGUCCAACGGAUUCAGCGGUCACUCCAACGGUUUCGGUGGUCAGUCCAGCGGUUUUGGCCGUCAGUCCAACUCCAACUUCGGCGCUGCUACUUCUGACCGCUACCUACCUCCCAACCACGGAUCCUCAUCUAAUGGAAACUUCGGAGGAUCUUCCUUCAGACCCGGUUCCAACGUUGGUUCCUCAUUCGGUUCUCAGAACAACCAGUACCAGUCGCAACCCCAGUUUGGUGCCGCCAGCCGUCAGUACCUAGCACCUAAAGCUUCGUUGAGCUUCCAAAGCUCCCCACAGCAAGCUUUCGACGAGGAGACCGGAUAUCAGUACUAGAUCUCUAGCUUUUUACAGCUAGAGCUUUUCAAGCUU